AUGUCCUCUUCCUCCCCCACCGGGCAGAUUGCAAGUGCGGCGGACAUCAAGCAGGAGAAUGGGAUGGAAAGCGCCUCGGAGGGGCAGGAGGCGCCCCGAGAAGUGGCGGGGGGCGCGGCGGCGGCGGCGGGGCUGAGCCCCCCGGCUCCAGCCCCUUUCCCCCUGGAGCCGGGGGACGCCGCGGCCGCCGCCGCCAGGGUGAGCGGAGAGGAAGGGGCAGUGGCUGCAGCGGCGGCGGUGGAUGAGGUACAACUCCACUCGGAACUUCUGGGCAGGCACCACCACGCCGCGGCCGCCGCCGCGCAGACCCCACUGGCCUUCUCGCCCGACCACGUCGCCUGCGUGUGCGAGGCGCUGCAGCAGGGAGGCAACCUGGACCGCCUGGCCCGGUUCCUGUGGUCCCUGCCCCAGAGCGACCUGCUACGUGGCAACGAGAGCCUGCUGAAGGCGCGGGCGCUGGUGGCCUUCCACCAGGGCAUCUACCCCGAGCUCUACAGCAUCCUCGAGAGCCACAGCUUCGAGUCGGCUAACCACCCGCUGCUGCAGCAGCUCUGGUACAAGGCGCGCUACACCGAGGCCGAGCGAGCCCGCGGCCGGCCGCUGGGCGCGGUGGACAAGUACCGGCUGCGCAGGAAAUUCCCCCUGCCCCGCACCAUCUGGGACGGCGAGGAGACGGUGUAUUGUUUCAAGGAGAAGUCGCGCAACGCGCUCAAGGAGCUCUACAAGCAGAAUCGCUACCCUUCGCCCGCCGAGAAGCGGCACCUGGCCAAGAUCACCGGCCUCUCCCUCACCCAGGUCAGCAACUGGUUCAAGAACCGCCGGCAGCGCGAUCGGAACCCCUCCGAGACCCAGUCCAAAAGUGAGUCAGAUGGCAAUCCUAGCACUGAAGAUGAAUCCAGCAAGGGUCAUGAAGACUUGUCUCCUCAUCAGCUCUCAGGUUCAUCCGAUGGUGUCACCAACCUCAGCCUUUCCAGUCACCUGGAGCCAGUAUAUAUGCAACAAAUUGGAAAUGCUAAAAUAUCGCUAAGCUCCUCUGGAGUUUUACUGAACGGAAGUCUGGUACCUGCAAGUACUUCACCUGUCUUCCUUAAUGGUAAUUCUUUCGUUCAGGGACCCAAUGGCGUUAUCCUUAACGGACUAAGUGUGGGAAAUACACAGACAGUGUCUUUGAACCCCCCCAAAAUGGCAUCAAACAUAAUGAGCAAUGGUAUAUCCAUGACGGACAUACUGGGGUCUACCUCCCAGGAUGUGAAGGAAUUCAAAGUUCUCCAGAGCUCUUCAGCUAACUCAGCAGCCACCACCUCCUAUAGCCCCAGUGCUCCCGUGUCGUUCCCAGGGCUGAUUCCCAGCGCCGAGGUGAAAAGAGAAGGUAUUCAAACAGUGGCUUCCCAGGAUGGAGGCUCUGUGGUGACUUUUACCACACCAGUGCAAAUUAACCAGUAUGGCAUCGUCCAGAUCCCCAGUUCUGGAGCAAACAGCCAGUUCCUUAAUGGGAGCAUUGGAUUCUCUCCACUGCAGCUGCCUUCUGUUUCAGUGGCAGCUUCACAAGGUAAUAUUUCAGUAAAUUCAAGCACUUCAGAUGGGAGCACAUUUACAAGUGAGUCUGCCACAGUCCAGCAAGGAAAAGUUUUCUUGAGCUCUCUUGCUCCCAGUGCAGUGGUAUACACUGUUCCUAAUUCAGGCCAGACUAUAGGAUCUGUUAAACAGGAGGGCGUGGAGAGGAGCAUGGUGUUUUCGCAGCUGAUGCCUGUCAAUCAGAAUGCACAAGUAAAUGCAAACCUAUCUUCUGAAAGUAUCUCGGGAAGUGGCCUCCACCCACUGUCCUCCUCAUUAGUUAACGUAUCCCCCACUCACAACUUCUCCCUCACUUCCCCAACCCUACUAAAUCCCACUGAGCUAAACCCUGACAUUGCUGAUAGCCAGCCAAUGUCUGCACCUGUGGCAAGCAAAUCUACUGUGACGUCAGUCAACAACGCUAACUAUGCAACUCUUCAGAACUGCUCCCUUAUUUCUGGUCAAGAUCUACUAUCAGUACCCAUGUCCCAGGCUGCCCUUGGGGAAAUAGUUCCCCCAGGUGAAGACCAGGUGGGUCACCCCUCCCCAACAGUACACCAGGAUUUUGUCAGAGAACAUCAUUUAGUUAUGCAAUCAGUAGCUAACAUAAAAGAAAAUUUCCUAACAAAUUCUGAGAGCAAAACAACAAGCAACUUAAUGAUGCUGGACUCCAAAUCCAAGUAUGUCCUAGACGGCAUGGUGGAGACUGUCUGUGAAGACCUGGAAACAGACAAGAAAGAGCUUGCCAAGCUCCAGACUGUCCAGUUGGAUGAAGAUAUGCAAGACUUGUAAACUUAAUUUCCUUUCCCCCACCCUGGCAUCAGCAGGCAGAUCUUUUCAUGGAAGACCUGAGGACACAAAGCGCUUUCCCAUUUAAAGGGAAACAUUAGUUUUGCAAGUAAAUGCAUUCAAGAGACCUUGGAUUGAUCUACAUGAAGAUCACAGUUAAAUAUGCAGGAGUAGAACUGCAUUACUGCAGCCUUUUGGUUCUCUUUUCAAUAGAUGGAGACAGACAUCAGAGAUGAAAUAUAUCAAGAAGUCAGAGUGUAUCAUUUGGUUGACUUAAUUCUAAGGUCAAAUGGAACUCGAUAGUUUUUUAAAUUAAAAAUGUAUACCCUUAAGGUAGAAAAUUAAAUAUCACUACAGAACAUUAGAAACAAUACAGUUCUUUUUGUUUACUUUUACUCCAUGGGCAUUGGUAAGGUUAAGAAGCGUAAGUGAUACUUCAUACAAUUCUAAGGAUAUAUUUUUGAAUAUAUGCAUUUCUGUUUUUCAGCAUUUUUGUGAAAGUCUUGCUUUGUCUCUAUACAAUUCCAAAUGUGGUUGCUAAUAGUUUAGUGUGGCUGAGAAAGUUCUCAACCCCACUAAGAAAACUGAAACAAUCUGCAGUGUGAGUGUAAAUAUGUUAGUCCUAUCAAUAAGGAUUUGGGUAAUUACAGUGAAUUUUAUUUAUGCUGUAUAUGUUUCUCUUAUACUUCAGACACUAUGAACUGAAAAAAAUGUUUUGGUACUGUUUAAUUUAUUUUUAUUGUUUGAACAGGAAGUGAACAAUUAUUUCCAACAAAGUUUUACUUUUUGUAGGAUUUUAAAAGUAAUGAUUUUUAUCAGGAGUCUAUUAAGGUCAAUAUUAAUAACAACUGAAACAGGAAAUCUAACUCCCAUUAUUGGAAUUUUGGUACUUUUUUUCACAUUCUUGUUCUUUAUUUAGCAACUCUCUGAUUCAUUUAAAUAUAUUUCCUAUAGAAUUCUACGUGCCUUUUUACCUUGUGGCCUUUUUAUUCUUAUUAAGGUACAGAAGUGUCAACAGAAGCACUGAUGACUUUUUUCUACUAUCCAACAGGGUUACUUUCACAGAAUUGCUUUUAAAUCUGAAGAACUUUAAGUUUCACUUAUAGUUAAUGUUUAUGAUGCAAAUGGUUGAACAACUAAUUAUUGUUGAUACAUUUCAUUAAAAUUAAAGUAACGGUUACAGAGACUACCACACAAAACCAGUUCUGGAGGCUAUGAAAACAACCAUUUUAAAGUAAGGAAAGAGUUUGUAUCUUCUAAUGAGCAGAAUUAUGUCUUGUUGAAACUGUUUUGAAUCAGUUGUUACAUUAUGAUGUAUGACUGUUUGCACUAUAUUAUCGCAUCUUCUUUAAAUCUUUUGGGGGUUUCUGUAAGAAGCUUGUUUGAUAAUGUUGUGAGCUGUGGUUAUACAGUUUUUAUCAGGACUCUGAAGAGAAGAUGUAAUAAUACAAAUACAUUUGUGUAGUGAGUAAAGUCUCCGGUCUCUGUAAAGCAAGAAAAGUUAGGAAAUGAUCUCUUCAGAGAUGACCGAAAGUUGUGGAACAUGAAGAUGUCAUCACAUCUUGCUUUCUUUAAGAUCGGAACAAAGGGUCCACUCUAGAUCUCUGCAUGCUCAUCAGUCCAGCAUGUUGAGUAAGGGCCAUAGAGGAUUUCACUUUUAUUGUUAUUGCAAAUGGAACUUGCAGGCAUACAUGAAGAGCCCUUUGAAGAAUUCCUCCCCCAUCAUAUUUUUUUCUCCUCCAUCAUUUUGAUAACGAAUUUAGAUCCCAUUUUUUUAUGGAAUUAGUGAAUGUUCCUAAACUGCUGAAAUGACAUGUUUUAUGUUUUGUUUUACAAUGUCAGGCAUUUUAGAGUUCUCUUCCACUCCACCACUACUUAUACAGCUUGUUCGUUUCUUUGGGUGUGUGCUGAUCAUGUUACUGAGAUUAAUUACGUGGUUCUAUAGUGUAGUUUACAUAAAAAUGAUGUUUUCCACUUGAUUGCUGCAAAUAUCAAGAGUUUGUUAAUUUUAAUUUUAAAAUACCCAUCGAGUAAGAAAGAUGGGAAAGUUUAAAAAGUUAUAUAUGUUAUACAUAUAUAACUGGAAAAGUUUUAUAUUGUCUUCCAAAAAUAUAAUAAGCCUCUCUUUUAUUCACAGUUCUUCCUGUUUUCUACCUUAAGAAAGAAAAAAGAUAGCACAAAACUUAAGACUUACCUAGGAAACCUAUUCAUACUCUAACAUGAUAUAAUUAUACCCCUACAAUUACUCCAGGUAGCUAUACAAUAUACCAGGUAAGAAUCAAUGCACAUUAUAAAGAACUUAUUGUUCUUUUCUGUUCUUUCAGUAAAAUAAGGGCCAGUUGUUAUGAAGCCCAUAUAUAUGUGAAUGAAAUAAGAUAAACCCCAUGAUCUCCCUGCACAGAAUUGCAAAAAUUUUUUGCAUUGCUAAGGGCCAGACUCAAAACCCUUGGCAGAAUUUCUCUCCUACAUAAACCAAUGCUUGAAGAUGCUGCAAAUGACCCUCUAAUGAUCUCCAAAGAGGAAUCAGAAUAGGGGUAAACAACUCUCCUUCAAACCCCAACCCCUGCUGCUGGCUGUGGGAUUUUCAAUGUGAGCCUCUCUAUGCACUCUUAUCAGUCAGAAUUUGGCAUUUAGCUCUUAGUUGCAUCCAAUAAAGGACAAUCUAUUGUUUAAUAAAGAGAACAUGCAUUUGUCCCUCAUUCAAGCAAGAGCACCUGUGUUGUACUGCUUUGUAGCUCACAUGUAUCAAUAGUAAUGAAAAGACUGAAUUGUACACGUUUCAUUGCCUUUCUUGUGUUAUGAAAGGCAAGUAGAUGUUAUAGCCAUAGAUAAAAUUCAUAGUUAAAUUGCACACAGACCUUCAAUCUCCCUGUAUAUGCCCUUGCGUCUUGCAUGUUCAAAGCUAGAUUAUUGGGUAGGUGUUGCAGCCUGCUCGACUACAUGUUAGACAAGUGUGUGUUAGUAUAUAAUCAGAAGUUCUUCAUUGUUUAAAAUGUUUUCGACAGAUCAUCUCAUCAUAAAAAUAUAAAUCAGGAAGGCUGUGGGGAAAAGAAUUACAUUUUACAGAAGAUAUUUUAAAAGUCUUCCUAGAACUUAGAUAAUAGAGCCUAGCAGUUAUUUUGUAUCUAAUUGAUACAUUUCAUGUUAAUUUCUUAUUACCACCUUACAUUUUAUUAAUCAAAAUUAUAUAGCAUGUGACUUUUGGCUUUCAGGGUUCUCAAAAAUUUUUAUUCUUUUGUUGCAUGUACUGUAUGUUUAGAGGCAACCAGUUAUAUACUCAAUAUGGUUUUACUGUGCCUUACACAAAGAGAAAAUCUAUACAGAAUGUAUAUCAUGGGGUGGGGUAACGGAGUCUUUACUGCACUGUUAGGUGACGGCACACAGAGCAUGUCCCAGAACAUUUCUGUGCUUAAUUACCCAACCAAAGAGAUCUAAAGUGUGUAUGUUGUACUGUAAUAGGGGUUUAUGCCUGGACAAUUAAGUGUUUUAUUUGUUUUCUGAAAUGAUGUGAACUUAUUUUUCUAAACACUAUGCUAAAUAAACUUUAUAUUUAUACAUA